AUGGAGAUGCGCCUCGUUCUCGUGGCGAUCUGCCUCCUUCUCGUUACCCCCAUCGCCGGCUCCUUCUGGACCGUUGGAAAUCAGGUGGUGAUGGACCCGAUGCUCAUCUGCAAAAAGACCAGGAGACUGAAGGGCAAGAUGGCGGACAUCUGUCGCAAGGAACCCUCGCUGUUGAAGGAGAUCGCUAGGGGUAUACAAGUUGGGACCAGGGAGUGUCAGUAUCAAUUUCGGAAUCGCAGAUGGAACUGUACGACGAUCAGAAGGUCCCUGAGGAAGAUUCUGCUGCGAGAUACCAGGGAAACGGGAUUCGCGAACGCCAUCACCGCGGCUGGAGUCACCUACGCGGUCACCAGAGCUUGCACCAUGGGCCAUCUCGUCGAGUGUUCCUGCGACAAGAUGACGUCGAAAGGUAAUCGCCUCGGUAAGUUCCCCCGGACUGUCGAAAUGGAGAAGAGCCUGCCGACCGAGGGUGACUGGGAAUGGGGAGGUUGCGGCGAUAACGUGAAGUUUGGCUUCAAGAAGUCGCGGGACUUCAUGGACGCUCCUUAUCGCAAACGCAGCGACAUCAAGACCCUGGUGAAGCUGCACAACAAUAACGCUGGUCGUCUGGCGAUCAGGGACUUUAUGAGGACCGAGUGCAAGUGCCACGGUCUCUCGGGAUCGUGCACGGUGCGCACCUGCUGGCGGAAAAUGCCACCGUUCCGUGACGUCGGGAACAGGCUGAAAGAGUCGUUCGACGGCGCGGCCAAGGUGAUACCGAGCAACGACGGGCACAGCUUCAUCACCGAGGGGCCGACCAUCAAGCCGCCGGACAGAUUCGAUCUGAUUUACAGCGAGGACUCGCCUGACUUCUGCAAGCCGAACAGAAAAACGGGAUCGCUGGGCACGCAGGGACGUCGAUGCAACUCCACCAGUCAGGGAGUGGACGGCUGCGAGUUGCUCUGUUGCGGCAGAGGCUACGACACCAGGAUCGUCAAAGAGAAGACCAAUUGCGAGUGCAGGUUCCGUUGGUGUUGCGAGGUUACCUGCAAAACUUGUCUCGUUAAGAAAACCAUCAAUACUUGUCGCUAA